AUGCUGAAGAGAACGGGCGAGUUCGCGCGGCGCGUGUUCUUCGGCGACGACCAACGCGAGGAAGAAGAAGAGUACGAUGAAGAAGAAGAAGAAGAAGAGGUGAGCGAGAACGGAUUUUGCGCGGAACGACGAGGACGAUUUUCAACAACAACUCAGGAAUUGGUGGAAAUUCAAGAAGAAGAAAAAAAAAAUACGGGGAAGGAGAGUAGAAGAAGAAGAAGACAAAGCACGUGGUAUGCGAACAAGAAGAAAACGUCGAUACGAGCGACGAUAUCUAAGAUUGUGGUGUCGCUUUCGAUUUUGCUCACUCUGUGCGCGAUGUUAGCGCAAACCUUGGUGUAUGUAGAACGAGAGGAAGAGGCAAAGAGGAGAGAGGAAGCGAGAGAGGAUUACGAGAGAGCAAAAGAGGCAAUGAUGAAACUCUUUUCUUCAUCGUCGUCGUUGCCGUGCGAAGAUGGUGGAAAUGAAUUGAUGUUGCCUUCAAUAGAGACCGUAGAAUCAUGCAGAAUAAUCGAGGAGAAGAGUAGCACCAGCAUCACUUCGUCGUUAUUGUUCAAUCAAUCGUGUUUAAAUGUAAACGCUCCGGAAGCGAGCGGAGUGAUUGAAGAGUUGCUGUUAAACGCGUGUUCAAUAGCUACGACGACAAAUACUCAGCAGUAUUACUUCCCCAUAGCGGAGAUAUACAUACACUAUCGCGAAGACUUGGAGGAGAAGAAAAAACUGAUGGAGCUUCAACAUUGGAACUUCAAAGGCGCGUUCUUUUUUGUCGUGACGGUGUUUACAACAAUCGGCUAUGGGAACGUCGCGCCAAGCACAAAAGAAGGGCGAUUGGUCGUGCUAAUUACGACCAUACCAGUUCUCGCCGUAUCGUUGAUUACAAUAGUCACCAUAGCUGAACCAAUCAUAGACAGCAUGAACUUAUUACACAAGUAUUUGUUAAAGAGGAUGAAAAAGAAGUUGCCGAUUGAUAUAACGAUACCGCAAAAGUGUACUCUCGAGGAAUAUUUUAAUGUCUUGCAGCACCAUCUAAUCGGAGAGGCGUUUUGGCCGAUGACGGAGGUUUUCAUUCGAACGAAUCAAAUUUACACAUCAGACGAACUGCACAAAGGAGAGGUGUUUGUAAGCAAACAGCAGUUUGUCGAGACGUGUCAAGGACUGGGGCUGAGAAUUAACGACCGCGCGAACGUAUCGACCGAAGAAGAAGUAUCCGCCGAAGAAGAAGAACGAGAACAAGAAUCUGUUUUGAACUUGGAAGAAAUUCGUUUAUUGUUGGAAAUCAUCAGAAGCAAAGCGAGUUUAAUAUCGACGGGUGUUCAGUUAAUGCAUUGCUUGCUAUUUUCUGUCCUUUCAGUCGUUGUUGGUAUGUUUUACUUCAAGGUUUUGCAGGACUGGGACUAUCUCGAAGCCGCGUAUUUUGCGAUGGUUUCGAUAACAUCCGUCGGGUUCAGGAGACUCAUUGGGAGACUACGUCCCCAACCAUCAAGAAGGCUCGGUUGCUUUUUGGUAUCCGUAUGUAUUCAUCGGUUUUGGUUUCAUCACUGUGUUCAUUGGUACUUUAGCGACAUUUGCUGA